AUGGACUUCAAGGACGAAGACGACCAGCUGUCGAUAGACUUGGAAGACUCGAGCGAGUACGUUCAAGUUUGCACGGCGGACGUGCUACAGCCGCGAAUGCAUGGCAUGUGGCGAUCCAUCAACUUAAGAGGACAGACCCUUCUGUCGUUGGCCUUGUUGUCAUCGAUGCAAGGCGAUGUCGGCUCCAAAUGGAAGACAACAUGCGGGUUCUAUUAA